GGGGCCUGCCGGGACUUGUAGUCUCCGUGGCUGGGAGUGCCAGCUCCGGAAUCUCAGCCGCCGUCUGGGGGCUGAGGCUGCGCGGGGACGCGUGCGCAGUGCGCAGGCGGCCGUCGCGGUUGCCGCUGAGGGCAGCUCGGUGGCUGUGGGAGCUGGGGUCGCGGCGGCGCGGGUGCUCCGGGCCAAGGGCGCGUGUAAUGUUCAAGCCCAGAAAUGCCUUAUGUGGAUCGUCAGAAUCGCAUUUGUGGUUUUCUAGACAUUGAAGAAAAUGAAAACAGUGGGAAAUUUCUUCGAAGGUACUUCAUACUGGAUACCACAGAAGACAGUUUUGUAUGGUACAUGGAUAAUCCACAGAACCUACCUUCUGGAUCAUCACGUGUUGGAGCCAUUAAGCUUACCUACAUUUCAAAGGUUAGCGAUGCUACUAAGCUAAGGCCAAAGGCUGAGUUCUGUUUUGUUAUGAAUGCAGGAAUGAGGAAGUACUUCCUACAAGCCAAUGAUCAGCAGGACCUUGUAGAAUGGGUAAACGUGCUUAACAAAGCUAUAAAAAUUACAGUACCAAAGCAGUCAGACUCACAACCUAAUUCUGAUAACCUGAGUCGCCAAGGUGAUUGUGGGAAGAAGCAAGUGUCUUACAGAACUGAUAUUGUUGGAGGUGUACCCAUCAUUACUCCAACUCAGAAAGAAGAAGUAAAUGAAUGUGGUGAAAGUAUUGAUAGAAAUAAUUUGAAACGGUCGCAAAGCCAUCUUCCUUACUUCACUCCUAAACAACCUCCAGAUAGUGCAGUUAUAAAAGCUGGAUACUGUGUAAAACAAGGAGCAGUGAUGAAAAACUGGAAGAGAAGAUAUUUUCAAUUGGAUGAAAAUACAAUAGGCUACUUCAAAUCGGAACUGGAAAAGGAACCUCUCCGUGUAAUACCACUUAAAGAGGUUCAUAAAGUCCAGGAAUGUAAGCAAAGUGACAUAAUGAUGAGGGACAACCUUUUUGAAAUUGUAACAACGUCUCGAACUUUCUAUGUGCAGGCUGAUAGCCCUGAAGAGAUGCACAGUUGGAUUAAAGCCGUCUCUGGUGCCAUUGUAGCACAGCGGGGACCGGGCCGGUCAGCCUCUUCUAUGUGGCAGGCCAGAAGGCUGUCGAACCCUUGUAUACAGAGGUAUACAUCAAGAGCUGGUGAAUGCAGCACGUAUGUGGCUCUCACGCAAACGUGCCUUCUUAGUAGAGGGCCCAGACUUACUCACUACUCACAACUGAUCUUAGAAAGAGCAUUCAGAAUCCAAGCACGCUUUCCGUCCUUCCAGCGCAGCCACCGCCUCACAUUCCACAGCCACUCGCAGCAACUCUUUGGUCUCAAGCUUUACCAUGGAGAAGCGAGGAUUUUACGAAUCUCUUGCCAAGGUCAAGCCAGGGAACUUCAAGGUCCAGACUGUCUCUCCAAGAGAACCAGCUUCCAAAGUGACUGAACAAGCUCUGUUAAAACCUCAAAGUAAAAAUGGCCCUCAGGAAAAAGAUAGUGACCCAGUGGACUUGGAUGAUGCAAGCCUUCCCGUCAGUGACGUGUGAGAUAGAAGCUGGGGGAAGCUGUCGCCUUCGCCAUCCUCAGUUUCCUUCCCUGAGGCCUUUAGCCAAAGAUGAUAAAGGGUGAAAUGUUUUUAAUGCAUAUGUUAUACUGCCUCUUAGAUGUACCCUUUAUAAAAAGCUGGUAAACCAAGAAUCUAGGGAGUAGCCAAACUAAAUAUAAUUUCUUUAAAAAAAAAAAAAAGAAAGAACGGGAAAGUGCUAAGAGUCUCAGUAUCAUCUGUCUGAAGCUUUGUGUGUUCUCAUGUGGGUGGUAAAAAUGUGUGUGUGAUUUUUUUCUUACUGACUUUGGCGGUUUAACAAUAUAAAACAUGAAAAAUGCUUAUUGAUAAUUUUGAUCAUUUAAAAAUUGCUAUGACUUCCUAUUAGAUGUUUGAUGUUUAUACAUUCUUUUUGGUUAAUGUUACUAAAUGAAAUAUCUCCAGACUGAAUAACUAAACUCAUGAACUCUGUGGUGCUUCAAAUUUAUAAUAUAAUUUGGACUGUUUUGAAAUUACAACCAUUUUUGAUGCUCUGGAUUUUGAGGUGAGUGGUAAAUUUUGCAGAAAUGGUAUUAUCAGUGAGGGUUGUGGUUGUACUGGGGUAGAGAAAUGGGGAAAAUUAGAAGUCAAACAACUAUAUCUUCGAUAUUUGUUUGAAAAAACUUAAUCGGGACUUACAGCAGUUAAUGCUUUUUAUUUGGUAGAAAACUUUUGGGAGAUCUGAUUUUCUUACCAAUGUUUUGUAAAUAGUUCUAAUUUCCAUAUUUAGAUCAGUGAAAGACCUCAAGUUUAUAUGUAAAGAAGUAACUGCCCUUAGUCAUGAAAUUCUGUGGCCUCUACUUGUUGUCACUAAUAACCUAUAUUCAAGUGCCUGUGUUUUUUCAUCUUGUUUAGGAAUGUUUUGAGAUUAAUGUGCUUAAAAGUUCUAUGUGAUUGGUUUUAAACAUUGGGAUAAAAUUAAUUUUCAUCAGCAUAGUUCAAUGUGUUAAUAAAUCAGAUAUCAUUUUCUGUUAGAAAUACCAGAAUGCUGGGGGUAUUCUGUUACCUGUGCAAUAUAUAUCCUUUAAAAACAAAUUUGAGUAUACAUUUAGUCCUGGGGAUAUCACAAAUAUAAGCACCUCUUUAAAGAAUCCUGAGUUUCAGGUGUUGAAUUAUAGACCAGUUUGAGCAAGUACCAUUUUUUUUUUUCAGUCUUAAACAUUUGCUUUAAGAAAACAGUCUUGAAUUUCAUGUGCUGCUAUUUUUAUGAUAUUUUGCCAUUUUAUAAUACUGUUUUGUUUUGAUUUCAUACAUAUCACUGUUUGUCCUGUUUAUUUUCUAAGAUGACUUCUUAUCUGAGGCAGAGAGAAAUUUCCUGCUAUGGUAGUAUGGCCCAGAAGGGAAGAGGCAUUGUACCAGAACUACAUACUGUCCGUUUAAAAACUGCAUAAAGAAGGCACCACUCAGUUUUUUUUAUUCAUAAGCUAAUAUUUUUAAAAGGUAUAUUUAGAUUUUUUUCUCUUUUGCAGCUACAUUUUAAAAUGAUAGAAUGAAAAAGUUUUAAGCAGUUACUUUUUCUGCUGAUAUAUCCAUCAUAAUGGUUUUUUUGAAAGUUCCCUUUUCAUGAACACUCCUAAGAAAUCUUUGCAAUAUUCACGAGCCUGAUAACUGUUUUCUUUCGUACAGCUUCUGCCUUGUGUGUUUAUUUUAGCAUAUUUUGGUAUUGGCAAUUUGAUAUAUUUCUCAGUGGCAAAAUAUUAGCUCUAUUUUGGGACUUUUUAUAGAACUACCUUUAUUCUAGUAGGAAAUAUUCUUGUGAUUGUCAGGGUCUCCUUAUAUUUAUCUCAGUUCCUUUAUAAGUCUAUGGAAAUUAUUUAAUUAUUUUAAAACUUACACUUUUGUAAAUAUGUCACAUCUGAGUUGUCAAAAAAUUACUUGGAAUACCUUAAUUUUUGCUGCAUUUUUUUCUGUAUAUAUAACGUGUCUUCUGGAAUGGGGAUAGAUGCGUGCCUCCCAAUGUUUACUGUUAUCUUUAUACACGUCACACUGGUUGAACACUGUAAUGACUUGAGAAUAAACUCAGAAUUUAUUCUAAUGUAUUUCUCAUUUUGUCUAGUCCAGCUCUUAUGUGAACAAGUAAAUAAAACUAGUACGG